AGCUUACAUAUUGUAUACGGAAUCAUACUCUGAUCAGAAAUUCAAAAAUAAAAUUCCAUGUGUUUUGACUAUCAAUCAAUCACUGAAUUAAUGAUGUUUCUUCUGGUUAAUCGACUUAGGUCAUUCUUCUGUAGAUUUAUGGCAAAGUUUUCAGAAUGCUAAUAUUAUGUAAAGAUAAUCCUUAAAUAACCACUUAACAUAUCAAGUAUGGUGCCGAACUUAUGUUAAUGUAAGCCCAAAUCAUGCAUCCAACUUCACAUAGGGACGAAAAACUUUUGUUCCCAAACAACAAUCAUAUUUGUGAACGAGAAAAACAAAAAAGUUAAAUUCUGAAUCUAAAACCCCUUUUACAUUACAAAAUUGAUAACACUUUACUGUGAAUGCUUCACAAGGGACCUUUAUCGUGGAAUUUCAUCAUUAUGCCAGAUGUCUUUGAUUACAUCAUGCCACCAGAAUGUCUACUGCAGGAAAGCUCAUCAGAGAAAUCCUACUAAAUUCUCAGAAGGGAAAGACAGAAGAGUAUGAUUUGCUGUUGAAUAGAUUGAUAGACCCUGCAACACCAAGUAAAACAUUAAAAAAUUAUUUAAGAGGUUUGACAGAUUGUAUGUCUGUCAUCAGCAAAAAUACAGAAUCUUUGAUAACAGUUAUAAUGAAAAUGGAUUGGUUAAAUAAAGAUGAAGAUGUAAUUAAAGCAUAUCAGAAUUUAUUAGUUAAUUUGAUGUCAGCUAAUACCAAUUAUUCACAUGUAGGAUUGAAUAUGUUGGUCAAACAAUUUCUACCUGAUAAAAAUGGUUUACCAAUGGUAGAUAAACAGUUAAAAGUAGAUGUAGAACUGAGAAGAAAACAUGAACAGCAGUUUAUUUAUAUACAUACAGCAUUAUCUGAUACUUGUCAACUCAUUCCAUUAACACCUGUGUUAUUGAUGCCAGUCUUGGUGAAAUUAUUUCCAUUUUAUAAAGUAGAUACAUAUAUUCAGAGUUGUUACAUUAAAAAUCUGUUACAAAUUACUCAGUAUAUACCAGAUAUGAGACAGGAAAUAUUACAACUGAUUAUUAGUAAACUCAUGAAAUUAGAUGUUCUAUCGCCAAGACAUGAUUUAAGUGACAUAGUUGAUAGUGAAGAUGAAGAACUAUUUGAAAUGGAAGAAGAUGGAGAGAAAGGAGAAGAAAUUAAUGAGUUAGUGAAGGAAAAAGAAAUAAAACAUAAAGAAGCAGAUUGUUUAGAUAUAUUAAUGGAAAUGCUGUUAAACUAUAUUUUUAAAACACUACACCCUAAUGGAAUAUUUGAUUUAGAAUCAUCUAAAAAGUUAUAUUGGGAACUGAUGAAUGUAUUUGAAAAGAUUAUUCUUCCAACAUAUGAAUGUAGUCAUAUCCAGUUUAUAAUGUUUUACUUAGUUAGCUUUAAACCUAUAUUGGCUGAUGGUAUGUUAGAUUAUUUAUGGAAGAUUGUACAGAAUCCCAAUACACCUAUAAUAUUCCGACAAUCAGCUGUUAGUUAUAUGUCUAGUUUAUUAUCUCGAGCUCUGUAUAUUCCUAUAUUAACUGUGAUAAGCUGUUUAGAUUUAAUGGUUGCCUGGUUACAUUGUUACCUUGACAACUUGUCAGAAGAUAAACAUCCUGAUAAUAUUUUACAUGGAACAUUCUAUGCUGUUAGUCAGGCUGUGUUUUAUGUCUUCUGCUUUAGAAAUACUGAAUUAUUUCAAUCUAAAAAGGGUUAUAAAUGGGCAGAAGCAUUGAAUUUUCAGCGUAUUGUGACAUGUCGUUUGAAUCCUUUGCGACAUUGUUUACCAAUAGUUGUCAGUACAUUCUCUUCUUAUUCGAGACGACAUCAGUUGGCAUUCUGUGAUACAAUUAUACAGAGAAAUAAUAGAUGUAUGAUUCCAGUAGUAAACAGUGCAACUGGAUUAGCAGAGACUAACUUUAUGUUAAAAUUAGCGUCUUUCUUUCCCUUCGAUCCGUUUUUAUUACCAAGAUGUGGUAAACUGAUCAAUCCUAUCUAUAGAGUUUAUCAAGGUGAAGUUUCUGAUGAUACACAUGAUUCAGGGGUAAGUGACACAGGUGUUUCUAUCAAUAGUCUACUCUCUCAAUAA